AUGCUCCUUUCUGUAGCGGAUUUUAUUGGAGUAUCGAAAGCCUCAGCAUGUAGGAUAGUAAAGAAAGUUACCAGUGCUAUAGCGUCACUAUCACCUCGCUACGUAAAAAUGUAUUCUACGAAUGCAGAAAUGAAUAGGGCUGCGGAAGAGUUUUAUCGAUUUGCAAGAUUCCCACGAGUUAUUGGUGCUAUUGAUUGUACACUUAUCAAGAUACAAUCACCAGGAAGAGAAGACGGUGAAAUAUAUCGCUCAAGAAAAGGUUUUUGUGCACUGAAUGUGCAGACAGUUUCUGACGCACGUUUAAAAAUUCGGAAUAUUGUUGCGAGGUGGCCUGGUUCGUGUCACGACCAAACCAUAUUUAACAACAGUAGUUUAAAAGAAGCCUUUCAAAAUGGGAUGUAUGGACGAUAUAUGCUUGUUGGAGAUAGUGGCUAUAAAAUUAAUCCAUACCUUAUGAUACCUUCACAUCAACAAGUACAAACACCAGCUGAGAACUUGUACAAUGAAUCGAUUAUCAGAACACGGAAUGUGGUUGAACGUCAAUAUGGAGUGUGGAAAAGAAGAUUUCCAAUUUUAAGUUUAUGCAUGAGGCUGCAGAUAGAAACAACAAUGAAUGUGAUAGUUGCGACUGCAGUACUACAUAAUAUGGCCAUAGACAUGAAUGAGAGUAUUCCUGGAGAAUGGACCAAUCCAUUUAACGCAGACGAAGACGAAAUUGAACAGGAUGACGAUCAUUACGUAGAAAGCUCAACCUUUUCUAGGUAG